CCCUGAGCUGCAGGACCAGGAGAGAUCUGCUGUGAGUCUUAGCUGAUAAGGAAUCCCAGCUCUCUGAUACCUUCAGUUCCAUCAUGGAUUUCACUCUGACCAAUUUUGGUAUCAGUUUCCCUCCCUGGUCCCUGUGGCCUCUCCCCGCCAUGGCGCCCCUGGCUCAGACCCUGGCACUGCUGGCGAUGGCCAUGGUCACCACAGCCGUCAAAAUGAUCCCCCUGGACAUGGCCCAAGACUCCUUCGAUGACCAGUACCAGGGCUGCGGCCCUGCCAUGACAGCAGUAUUACCGGCCCUCAACUGUUGCGAGUUCCAGCAGAACCCUCUCUUUGCCCAGGCCUGGCCUAUGGCCACAGUCGAGUGGCAGAGUCGGGGGUCCCCUCUGUCCCCUCUGUCGUCCCCAGCCCAGGCCAUCGCCCUCAUGGCCUACACGAUGGAUGAGCUGUACAGAGAGUUCAACGCGGCUGUGCGCACGGCUGGGCGCUCCCGCCAGGAAUACUGGGACAACUUCCACUUCAAAAUGCUGCAUUUCCUGCUGACCCAGGCCCUGGUGACACUGAGGGACGCUCAGGGACGGCAGUGUCACAACGUUUCCCGGGGGGUGGAGGGAGUCCGGUUCAAGGCAGAGCAAGGUGACAUUGUCCGGUUUGGUCAAUUUGCGUCGGCUUCACAGAGUGCAAAAACUGCUAAGGGAUUCGGGAUAGACACGGUGUUCCAGGUGCACACGUGCCAUGGUGUGGAAAUCCGGGAAUUCUCCAAGUAUCCCGGCGAGAAGGAGGUGCUGAUCCCACCCUUUGAGACCUUCAAGGUCAUCAAAGUCAGCCAGGAAGGGGACAGCGUGAGGAUCCAGCUCUGCUCCACCGGGACCUUCAGCAAAUACAACUGCGAGUGGCUGGGAGGUGACAGCACAGGUGGGAGCGUCCCCAGGGCUUCCUUCCACCUCGGAGGACUCCUCUUGACUACCACAGCCUUGGCAGUGGUCACCGGGAUCCUCUGAGCCACAAGGCCACCAAGAUCAGCGAGGUCACUGUGGUCCCUGUGGCAACCAUGGCCACCAAGAUCACCAAGACUCCCUGAGCCACAAGGCUGCCACAGCCACUGUGACCAGUGUGGCCACCAAGGCCAUUGUGCAAAGCAAUUCUAUUAAUCUAUUCUACCAUAACAAUUCCAUUAAAUAAAUCUGACAAAACUAGCAAAAAGUGACAAUUCCUAA